GUCAGACGGGCGGGGAGCUGCGGCGGGCGGGAGCGGGAGCGGCGGCGGCGGGGCGCAGCGGUCCGGGCCGCAGCGGGGAUGCGCCGCGGAUCCCGGCGACGAGGUGCAGUUCAGCUGAGUUUGAACUCUUUUUCGUCUCUCCGUAAACUGUGAAACAGAAGGAUGCAGAAGAGUAUCCCUUGCUUUUUUGUACAUGAAUGGUAAGAGCACAAGACCAUUACUACAAGUUUGCUGCAAAGAUGAGUUCGGAGGAGAAGAGUGUAUCUCCUGCUCACAAAACAUCCACUCCAUCACACAGAAGUGCCUCCUCUUCGUCAUCAUCUCAGAGGGAUAGGAGGCAGAGUGUACAUAUUUUGGAGCGGAAGGCUUCUUCGGGGAGCACAGACCCUUCUUUAAGCAAGCAGUUCCUUGAAACUGACCCUAUCUCUCUAUCCAAGGAACCUGACAGCUGGGAAAUCAUAGAGGGUCUGAAAAUUGGCCAGACCAAUGUCCAGAAGCCAGACAAACAUGAAGGCUUCAUGCUGAAAAAGAGAAAAUGGCCCUUAAAAGGUUGGCACAAGAGAUUUUUUGUCCUGGAUAAUGGACUGUUAAAAUAUUCAAAGUCACCAAUUGACAUACAGAAAGGCAAAGUACACGGGAGCAUUGAUGUAGGUUUAUCAGUUAUGUCCAUCAAAAAGAAGGCUCGCAGAAUAGAUCUUGACACAGAAGAACAUAUCUAUCAUCUGAAGGUGAAGUCCCAGGAUUCAUUUGAUGCAUGGGUUUCAAAAUUACGCCACCACCGGUUGUACCGUCAGAACGAGAUUGUGAGAUCUCCAAGAGAUGCUAGCUUCCAUAUAUUCCCUUCAGCCUCUACUACAGAGUCUUCACCAGCUGCUAAUAUAUCGGAUGGAAAGGUACAACAAAAUAACUUCCCAUGGCAGUCUCCUAUACCUUGCAGUAACAGUCUUCCUGCAACUUGCACUACUGGUCAGAGUAAAGUAGCAGCCUGGUUGCAGGAUUCGGAAGAGAUGGACAGAUGUGCAGAAGAUCUUGCUCAUUGUCAGUCAAACCUUGUGGAACUCAGUAAACUUCUUCAAAAUUUAGAAAUACUGCAGAGAACUCAGUCAGCACCAAAUUUCACAGACAUGCAGGCUAACUGUGUAGAUAUUUCAAAGAAAGACAAGCGGGUCACAAGACGGUGGAGAACAAAAAGUGUCAGCAAAGAUGCAAAAAUUCAACUUCAGGAAGGGCCGGCACCGAAGGGCCAGUUCAGCACAACACGACGCCGGCAGAGACUAGCAGCUGCAGUGGCUACAACAGUCCCUUUCAGUGCUACGAUGUCCCCUGUUCGGCUGCAUUCAUCCAAUCCCAACCUUUGUGCAGACAUCGAGUUUCAGACUCCGCCAAGCCAUGUAACAGACCCUCUGGAGUGCUCUACUGAGUACAUGAAACUUCAAGAAGAAUUUUGCCUGAUGGCUCAAAAAGUGCAUUCUCUUUUGAAGUCUGCCUUUAACAGCAUAGCUAUAGAGAAGGAGAAGCUUAAGCAGAUUGUUUCAGAACAGGAUCUUACAGGUCACAAUGCUCAAAUAGCACACCUCAGACAGUCCCUCUCUCAGGCUCUCAACCAGAAUGCUGAACUAAGGAGUCGCUUGAACAGAAUACAUUCAGAAUCUGUUAUUUGUGAUCAGGUUGUCAGUGUAAAUAUUAUCCCUAGUCCUGAUGAGACAGGUGAACAAAUUCAUGUUAGUUUGCCAUUGUCCCAGCAAGUUUCUAAUGAGAGCAGGCUCUCUAUGUCUGAAUCAGUGUCAGAGUUCUUUGAUGCACAGGAGGUGCUUCUGUCUGCCAGCUCAUCAGAAAAUGAGGCUUCUGAUGAUGAAUCUUAUAUCAGCGAUGUGAGUGAUAAUAUAUCAGAGGACAACACCAGUGUUGCAGACAACAUUUCUCGGCAAAUUCUCAAUGGUGAGCUAACAGGAGGUGCAUUCAGGAACGGACGGCGAACUUGUCUCCCAGCUCCCAGUCCUGACACCAGUAACAUCAAUCUGUGGAAUAUUUUGAGAAAUAACAUUGGCAAAGAUCUUUCCAAAGUAUCCAUGCCAGUUGAGCUAAAUGAACCUCUGAAUACCUUGCAACACCUCUGUGAAGAGCUGGAAUACAGUGAACUCCUGGACAAGGCUGCAGAAACAGAUGAUCCUUAUGAACGCAUGGUUCUAAUAGCUGCUUUUGCAGCGUCAGGUUAUGCCUGUACAUACUUUAGAGCGGGAAGCAAGCCAUUUAACCCAGUGCUUGGUGAAACUUAUGAAUGUAUUAGAGAGGACAAAGGAUUUCGAUUUUUCUCAGAGCAGGUUAGCCACCAUCCUCCCAUUUCGGCCUGUCACUGUGAAUCGAAGAACUUUGUGUUUUGGCAAGAUAUCAGGUGGAAAAACAAGUUUUGGGGAAAAUCAAUGGAAAUUCUGCCAGUUGGAACCUUGAAUGUGACUCUUCCAAAGUAUGGAGAUUACUAUGUCUGGAACAAAGUCACUACGUGCAUACAUAACAUCCUUAGUGGAAGGAGGUGGAUAGAGCACUAUGGAGAGAUUACUAUCAGAAACACAAAAAGCAGUGUUUGUAUUUGUAAACUCACAUUUGUCAAGGUAAACUACUGGAAUUCAAAUGUAAAUGAAGUCCAAGGUGUUGUGAUAGAUCAAGAAGGGAAGGUGGUGCAUCGCUUGUUUGGAAAGUGGCAUGAAGGUCUUUACUGUGGGGUUGCACCUUCAGCCAAAUGUGUAUGGAGGCCAGGCUCCAUGCCAACCAAUUAUGAACGUUAUUAUGGCUUCACGAGGUUUGCUAUUGAGCUCAAUGAGUUAGAUCCUGUGCUGAAAGAUCUUCUUCCUACAACAGAUGCACGAUUCAGGCCAGAUCAAAGGCUUCUGGAAGAAGGAAAUGUAGAAGCAGCAGCAUCAGAGAAACAAAGAAUAGAAGAACUCCAGAGAAGUCGGAGGCGGCACAUGGAAGAAAACAGCAUUGAAUAUGUACCCAAAUUUUUUAAAAAAGUUAUCGAUGCUAAUCAAAGAGAAGCCUGGGUUACCAAUGAAACCUACUGGGAACUGCGAAAGGAUCCUGGAUUUAGUAAAGUAGAAAUUCCCGUGCUCUGGUAAACUGAGAAUGUAGAUCUAGUAAACAUAUCACUCUCUGAAGAAAAAAUAACUAUGCACAAUGUGAUUCUUAUAGCUAAGCGUGGUUUGUGGGUCUAUGGAAAAACCUAUCAUUUGCAUUUAUAUUCAUCUUUAUAACGGACUUUUGAAAGUGCAUUAGACCAGGCCCCUGACCACUUCUGGAUCUUUUUAAUUUUGCAGCAGCCAUUAAAAAAAUAAUAAAAAAAAAAAAAAGGAAAGAAAGAAAAAGGAAAAAACAGAAACCUUUUAAAGUUUCAUACACUGAAAAGUCAGAACAAGAGAAGCAGAUGAGUUAUCCAAAGUCACUCGGAAGAGGUGGUAAACACAAAACUGCAACCGGUGCUUUAAACAGACAUUACGAGUAAUGUAAUUUAAAUUAAAAAAAAAAUGAGGAAGAAAAACAGAAAAAAAAUCCAUUUUGUUUCAACUAUUUUUGUUAAAAACUCUUGCGUCACCACACUGUCAUUUCUGGCUUCAGGUUAGUCCUUUGGUGUGAUGUGCUUGGACUGACCUUGUCAAAAAGAUAUGCUUUUCUGGAAGCUGUUCCCAUUCACAUGCCAUUGUUCAUGCCUUAAACAAAAUAUGAAGAUGUACAAUAAGUCAUUUUAAAAUAUGUAUGCUUAGGCUUGUGUGAAGGGCAGAUUUUUAAAGCACUAGGAUUUUAUCAUGCUAUAAAUAUUAGAGAACCUGUAUUAUUUAAAAUCAAAAGACAAACAAACAUCUUAACUGUAUUUCAGAGAAACGAGAUCUACUGUACAUGCUUUAACUUUGGGAAGCUGACUGUAUAAUCAGACUGAAAAGAAGCUGCUAACUGGUUAAAUUUGAGGCAAUUUUGGUAAAUGCAUAUGAAUAGCUAGUCAGAAAAUUCAUAUUCUAAAUGACUGAUUCUGAGAUGUGAUCAUUUACCACAGAGUGGACAUGGUCUUACAGCGAAUCUCAUUUCUCUGUAACUGCUUAUACAAUUAGGAUUCCGUGAAGCUUUGCAACAGUGUUAAAGCACAGAAAGAUUUCAUGGGAAGGUCUCUGGCUUAGCUCCAGAGGUUGGAUAGUACUUUAAAUGCAACUAAUGUUUUCUGCCACACAUGCUGUUUACUGGCUCCAUUCUUUCCCCAUCCACUCUUCUUAUCUAAGUUUAUAGUUGAGAGUAGGGAAGAGGCUCCCAUGCAUUGUAGAUAGCUACUACUACUUGUGUUGCCAAAAUAACUUUUGUGCAAAAUUAUAUUUUACAGUUUUUCAUAAAGUGAUCCUAUAUUUUUUGGUUAGGAACCAAGUCUCAUAUGUGUUGCUAAGCCUCAGUUAAUAUAUGUGGGAGAAGUCUUGGCAUUUUCUGUAUGAAAAUCUUGGAAACACUAAAGAGUAGAAAGACAGGUUUUAAUAAAAGAAAAAAAUAACUUUAUUAGGUAAAAAUUACAUUUCAUAUGGUAUGACUUAGUCUUCCAUUCUACAUAUACACAGCAUACAUAAUGCACUCCUUUUUUUUUUUUUUUCUCUUUAAGAUUGAUUCCAGUAAUGAGACCUAAAAGAAUGAUUGGGUAGCUAUGUGAUCCUGCCAGUAGAGUUGCGUGAACAGCUCUCAGUGGAAUACCACAUGUACCCAUCCCUCUACCUGCCUCUUCCUUUGGCACAGUCAGGUCCCUACAGAGCUGAGAUUACUGUGAUUAUUUAAUACCCAUUUAGUUCUCGACCUUGUUUGUAAGGCAGAGCAACUAGCUAUUGCUGUAUUCCAGCUUCUUCACACAGUUAUGUUAUCAGGAACAAGUAUGAAAACCUAAAGAAAAUAUUAGGUAGAAUUUUAAAAAAUUUUGAAUACUAAACAUGGCUUAUGAAUACUUGGUAUAAAAAGUUAUGUGCAGAUUACCAGGAUUUCUUCCAAAGAAAAUUGUGAAUUAUUUGAAUAAUGAUAUAGUUUUCUUUCCUACUUGAACCCAUUUUUUUCUGCAGUUGUUAUUAUAAGAAAAAGAAAAUAUAUAAAGGUUUGUUUGUUUUAAUCAUAUUUAGUUGACUUCAUCAUACUUCCUUUAAUGGCGUUACACUAUGAAUCAAAUUGGCACAUUGUGUCUAAAAUAGCAAUUAUUUUACGUCACUUCCCUUAAAUGCAACAUUAUUAUUUGCCCACAUUACACUCCAGUCUGUGUGCAGUUCUCUGUGAUAUUAGAAAGUAUUACGAGUGCAUGAUUGCAAGUACAUUUGAGGGACAGAAACUGCAUGUUCUCUCUCUUUUUUUUUUUUAAAGUUGUCUUUUAAUUUAAAUAUAGAAAUAAGGUAUUUAGUUUUAGUGUUCUAGUGUUUUCUGAAUGCCAUUCUUUGCAAUGCAAACUGAAACUUGGUGAACACUGAGGUUGUUAUCACUGCUUGGAUUAUUCUUUUACAAUUAUUUAUCUGAUACUCAUUGAAAGAAAAAUAGCUUUCAAAUUUUUAGAAUUAAAAAAACACGAUGUGCUUAAUCUUUCUAUUGAAGGAACUGUUUAAACCUACUGGAUGUUAAAUUAACUGAUUGUUAAAUUAGUUAAUUAUUAGCUAGAGGAAUUGCAAAGCAAAGUGUUGCAAGAUAUUGUUGUCUUUACCAGAAUUCUAACAGUGCCAGCAGGUGUGCCAUAGGGCUGUUUCCUAUAGUACAGAAUUCUCUGUUUUCUGUGUAAUAUCGAUUACUUUUUUCCUGCAACCUUGGGGAGACAUUGGGACAUAUUUUUGCUGUUUCUAGAGAAUGGAUUACUAAAAGGCAGGUCCUGGGGCUCGUGCCCAAACUAUGAUUUGCAGACAUCCUGUGAGAUUUCACCGUCUCUGAGGUGAGGGGGAUGGCAGGCUGCCCACCCUUCUGCCAGUGCAGUGCACUCAGAUUUCCUGCGGUGUGGUGGGAAGUCUCCUUUGCACCUUGGCACCUGCUGUAAGCACUUGCUGCUUUUUGGCAGGGUUGCUUCUGCCUGACCGUCCAUGCCAGCUUGUGGGAUUUUUGUGCCCCAGGUGGAGACCUUUCUAUUUCUGUUGAACUUCACAAAGUGUCUUAUGGCCCAGGGCUCAGGCUGAGCAAGGUCCUCCUGACAGAAGCUCUGCUGUUUGGUAUGCCAUUGAAUCCUCAUUUAAUGCCAACUUGUUAGGGUGUAAUCUGUGUCCUUGCCCAGGUCACUGGUGAGAUGUCCAUCAAUAAAGGCUCCAGAAUUAACCCCUCCUUGCUGGUUGCCAGUGGGGUGUAAGCCAUUGGUCAGUGCCCUUCAAGCCUGGGGAUUCAGGCAGUUUUCAGCCCACUGAAAACUCCUCCAUUCAGCCAGGCAGUAUUUCCUUUGGAAAGGCAUAAAAGAUGCUUACUUAGUAGAUUUAAUUGCUACAGGUUUAGUAUACGGUGAAAAUUAGUGUAUUUAAAAACUCUUAAACAAUUUAAGAAGUUCUGACUUUUAUUACAAAGACAUUUUCGCUUUUUUCUGUUUUCUCAAAGUACAUAUUUGUGUAUAAAAUACACAGCCCUUAUACUUUAGUUCAACAAUAGUGACAUGUACUUUCAAUUAAUAUUUUAAAGUGUACUUCAGUUUGUUCCUUGUUCCGGUACUGCAGAUAUGAUUGGUUAACAAUAGCUAUUUUCAUCAAAAGUCAUGACAUCUUACUUAACUUCAUUCCUAUUUUGGAUCCAUAUUAACAAGAUGGCAGAUUUUUCUGUGUAUUAGAAAUCGUUACCUCACUAGGAGAUAAAAUUUGAAUAUGAGUUGAUUUUCAUAGUUUUACUGUGAUUAAAAAGUCAUCUCAACACCCAUUCUACUUCUAGACUGAUGUAGGUUGCAUGAAAUAAACUAUUUUUGUAUUUGGCUUUAAAAAUGUAAUCCUACUGUAAUACUCUGGUCAUCUUACAAAUACCAUUACCCUUUUUUCUCCUCAUUUUGAUCUUCUGACUCUGAAUGAACUUCUAUGUUAUUUGUGAGGUCUGUUUGAACAACAGAUACCAGGGUGAUGUCAAAUAUUGCAGGACGUGCACAUUGCCAGCACUGGUGAGAUCAGAGACAGAGAUCAACACUAGCUGUUUAAAAUGUCAUUGGCUGCAGUUGUAAGCUGAGGAAUUACCUCUAUUUCAGUUGUCAGGAUUAAUACUGGAGCUGCAUAAUGAAAGCAAGAAGAGUUUUUAGAUUAAAUCUACCUGAAAGGUAGUUAUUUGUAUUCAUACACUAAAAUGGAAGGAUUAUGUUAAAGAGAGUUUCAUGUGGCUAGGGGAAAAACGAUCAGCGUUAACAAAAUUGUGUAAGAAACACUGGAAUGUCCUCACCAGUCAGCCUGUGUUAUAAACAGACCUUGGAGAAAGCUAACAACUUUCUGCUUAUCUUAGUGACUACUGGAGCUGCUAUCUAGCAUUUUCUUCUUGGCUGGCAUUAAGUAACAGUCAUCAAAAUAGUAUAAAACUUUAGUUUGUUCUUUUGAGUGCAUAUUGUUAAAAGUAGAGGUGGUCAAGGAUACAAUUGCUACUAAAUUUUUGUGUUCUUCUGCUAAAAAUUGCAAGGGAAUGCCUGGUUACUUUUAUUAUAAUUUCACAUCACUCAUAAGUUUCAUGGAGAAAGUUUUUUUUUUUUUUUUUUUUUUUGUCAUAGUUGUUUUUAACAGAAGAAUCUAGACUGUGUGUGUGAAUAAAGGUUUAAUUAUUCCUGGGGAGGAUAUCUCCCUGAGCUACCUUGGAAAAGUGAAUGGCAUCCAUAAGAAUGUUAAGAAUCUCAGUAAGCUGAAAGAAAUGGCCUAUUUACAGCAGUCUGUUUUAUUUUGUGUUAUAUACUGUAAAGGGGUCUACUUACAAAAGCAAACACAUUCUUUGCUCCUUAAACUUGAGUGUAUAAACCCCUUCAUUGAUGAGCUUUGGUACACAUUCCAUCUUUCUUCCACUAAAUUUGAAAGCCUCUUUCUAAAACCUCCUUUGGAAGACUUUUAUAUGGUAUCUUGUAAGUUAAAAAGUGACAGCAAUGUACUUGUAGCUGCUUUAUAUACCCAUCUCCUCCUUUGUCAAGUUUUGUGGUAUUACUAAACCCAUCAUGUCUUUAAUUCUUUUUCCCUUGUGUUCUCUGACAUACCUCAGAGAAGGGAGAGAAAGACUGCAACAGAGAACAGUGAAACUAAUGACAGCAAUUCUGUCAGUGACACCAUUGUAACAAAAUAGAAAAAAAUAGGAAAAUUUCAAACUUGCAUGAAUUAAAAUGUCAGAGCAGCUGUUAAAUCUGUUCCAGGCAGGUUAUGUUAAUACCAUUUCUCUUUCCACUGAUUCAUGACAGCAUGAGAAAAGGGAGGAUUGGUGACAUUUGUUCAGAAUGAAUUCUGAAGGUGAGGGAAAGUUUUAUUCCAUUUAUAAAUAAAAGCUACUGUAGACAACAUUUUGGUAAAAGUAUGUUGGUAAUGUGGACAAAGAAAGUUAUAGAUUUUAUAAACAGAGAAACCAUAAAGUUGGAACAUAUAUUCCAAUCAGCAGCAUGUAAUAUAUUCUGUCAUGACCUUUGAACAGUUCAGUGGCAAAGCUACCUAUAUAUACCCUUAGAGCAGUGAUCCAAUGUUGUCUCCCAUGAAACACUAAAACAUAUUUCCAUAUUUACUGCUACUCGUAAAAGUGUGCGUUAGUGAAUGAGGGAUAUCUUACGCUAAGUUAUAAUCUUCCUGCCACAAACUAUUAGGGAUGCAAAAUGUGAAGAGGUGAGCAGAUUCCUGCAAAAACACAGAAUUGGGUAACUUAAUUGUUUAUACUCUGGGCAUCCUUAUGAUGAAAGUGUCAUACAAAAGCAGCACUUAGAGUGAUAAAUAUUCAACCAGAAUAAUUCUUCCUUGUGCCUGUCAGUUCAGCCACAAAUAAAUAUUUUUCCUUUUUUUUUUUUUUUUCCUGGAACUGUAUUGCUGUUUAUGAUUGCAUUUGUAACAAUUGGAGCCUAUUGGGCUGAUUUCUCAUGCCCACCAAGGACAGUCAGCAGUAGACAAGAUUGCAAGUUCAGAUUUCUUUUCUUGUAAUCCUGUGUUCCUUUGUCUCAUAGUCCUCUUCCUUUGGUAAAUUCACCUCAACCAGGAAUAUUACAGUAGCAUUUAAAAAGUUAAUUUUAGUUUAACCUUCAGUAUUUUCUGGGCAGAGGAGAAUUCAGGACAGCUUCUUUAACUGUGUUGAAUAAAUAGAGAUGUGAUGUACAACUAUCAUUGUACUUGCAUAAUAUUUUAUAAAAAAUAUUUUGAGAUCAGACCAGCAAUAAUGAAAUAAUACAUAAAAAUUUUAAACCUGCAUUUGUCACCUAUCUUGAAGUUAGUGUUGAAAAUUAUCAUUCUAAUAUGAGGAUAGAAUUGAGGUCUAUUUAGUUCUUAAAAUAAGUGUGACUGAUAUUCUUUGGUGGUUUAAAGGUAGCAUAACAAAUUCAGAUCACAACAAAAUUUAAUAUUCAGCUGAGUUUCAAACAAGAUGUGACUAUGAGCUGAGAACAGAUGUUAAUGAAUGUAUUUUGGUAUGCAGGCAUAUAUGCAAAGAUAGCAACUAAUAGCUUAGUUAAGCUUUUGCUAUAAUUAGUAAAAGCGGUGUUCUUGUUUCUUUAAAAUUAUUUAUAGACUAAUUAUUUUCAAGCAUUCAUUCCCCACUAAGAAUUAAUUACUUGUCAAGUUUGAGUUUUAAAAAUUAAACAGUGUUUGGAACUUGACAGACAUGGAGGAUGGUUCUCCUCUCAUGCAAUUGAUGUUCAGAUGUUGCUAAACCUCCAGUUCCCAGAUCAAGGUAGACCUAGAAUAAUCAUUCACUAAAAUUUUGUGUGGACCCAAAAUAAAUACUUUUAGGCUUUUUUUUUCUGGAUGGGAUUCCUUUUUGUAUAUUGGUUUGUGUCUGUUAUUUACUAUAUAAUACGUGAGAAAUCAAGCUGUUAGCAUCUUAUGUCUGAAAUCUUUUCCUUCACCAAACUGCUUGUUCUUUAACUGUUACAGCAGGUUUUCUGAAGCAGAUGCUUUAUUUAGUGUAUAAGAAGCCAUCAUAAAAUUGAACUACUGUGGCAUCCAGAGAGAUCAUUACGAUAGUUUUGUCUUAGGAGAUGAGGUACAUUCGCUUUGUUGAAACCAGUAGCAAGCUUUCUUCUUUCAGUCUGUAUCUACUUCCCUUUGUAUAAUUAUCUUUUUGGUGAAUUGCAAUUUCUGAGCAUUUCAACAGCAGAGAAUUCUGUAUUUUCUCUCCUUUUGCACAAAGUGGGAGCAAUGUCACACUUUAUGGUGAGAUUAGUUCCCAUACGCACACGUGACGUAGUAAAUUCCAGUAUUUAUAGAUUGCUCACAUGCUGAAAAUGCCAUUAUAAGAGUAAGGUUUAGAUUAGCUGUCAGUUUUACUUUGCUUACUGAGCUUCAUUACUUUUAUCAGCAUUUACUUUCAGAUGGGAAACAACCUCGCACCAUUUCUUUACUAUGUAAAAAUGUCAAAACAUAAAUAGCUAAAUGGGAAUUAUUUGCUGAUUUUCCAUAUCUCUGUGCUUAUUUGACCAAAAAAAAAAAAAAAAAAAGAACAAAAACCCCCACACCAACAACUCUGUUGAUUUCUUGUGCACCUUUGUAUAGCAUCCUGGUAAAAGGAGGUCCUCAGAGUCUUUCCACUGUGAUUAUACUAUUGCGGUAGCUAGAAAGGUAUAUAGAAACUUGCUUCAUCUUUUUUUUUUUUUUUUAAGAUGAAUUUUAAAAGCAAAUAGUUGCUUUCUAAGAAACCCGACAUAAAGAGUCAGUGCUGCUUUUUGAGUAACAGAUAGACAGUGAUUGUUCUGGAGGGCAGUAACACUGUAACUGCAAAGGGUCUACGUACCUUGAUGCACCAGACAAAAAAUUUUAUGUUGUUUAAAAGGAAUAGAAAACUGUCACUAAAGGAAAAAAAAAGAAAAGAAGAAGCAUUUAUGUAUCCAGAUACAGAAACAUUGCCGAAAACAUUGUUUUUGAACACUGCAAUAUUAAACUGCACCCGCAGCACCCUUCAUUUUAUGCUCAGGAGUUCACUGUGGACUUCCAUAAGAAGAUGAAGGUGAAAAGGAUACUGGGGAAAAAAAAAGUCAGUACCAUAAUUUCUAAAUGACUCAAUUGAAAAUUGAUGUGCAAAUCUUUGUGUUAAAAGCUGUAUAAACUACUUAAAGUAUUGCAAUUCUUAAAGGUUUAAAUUUAGUGAUUCAUAGUACAUUCAGUAAUUUAAAAUAAUAAUAAAAAUAUCUUCAUCUUGAUUGCUUUCCUGCAAAUGCUCACUCAUUUUUGCUUGACUGUUUGCCAUUUUGGGGGAUCUUUCAGGAUGAUGAUUCUUUACAUCUUCUUGAUCCUAUGCUCCAAAUACUGACUAUAAUUGUGCCUGUAAAAAGCACUUCUACUGCUUACAGUUACUAAGCAUCAACAGUUGAUGAAAAACAUAGGUAGGAUAUAAUUUGUAUUAGACCUUUAAUUCAAAUGCAAUAGCUAAUCAGCAAUGUACACCCCAUGUUUUUUUGUGCUUGGACUCUGAUCUUGCACAGGCGCCAGUACAUCCUUAGGAUACCUAUUGCAAAUUGUCUCAUUGAAUUCAGUUAAAAAGAUGUAGAUAUUCAUGUUUAAAUGAAAAGGCUCAAUGUUGACAUUUUUAAGAAAUCAAAGCAAUGUACGUGGUUGCACCAGGCUUUGUAGCACUCGAUUUCUAAUCCCUAUGUGCUUAAACAAAUGAACACCAAUGCAGAUGAGGCUGAGCAGCUCCUGUUGAUACUCCAUUGAACUCAGUGAGCUUCCAGGGGAGUGGAUGGUCUGGCUGCCCAAAUCAUAUUUCAGUUUCAGGCUUAUCGUACAGUCCAGCAUAGAUAUUCAGCUACUUAUACUUGAGCUUAUUUUUGACCAUGUGGACAGUCUCAUGGAAGAUCAAUGUGUGAAAUGCAGCUGUUUUCACUGCUUGCCAGUCAGAGCAAUUUAUUCAACUUUGGCUCUUUUACAUUUUGGGACCUUAUUCUGGGGCUUACAGUGUUUAAGAAUCAGUUAACUUCACAUCUCUGCAAAGAUCAAUUAUGUAUGACAUGUGGAAGAAAAAGCAGGAGAUCAGAUCAUUGACAAUUAAUCAUACUAUGUCUCACUCUGGCAAGCUUAAUUGUGCGAAUAUUUGCAAUUCCUGUCCCUGUUUCCCUGUGCUCUCCUCAGGCUGGUGUGAGCCAGAGCAAAGGCUGCUAGUGCCAUAUGCCGAGGGGAGCAGGAGACUACUUUUGCUGACUUGUGAAGAAGGGAUGGCUAACUAAGAGCAUGCUCCAAAUCUCAGCCUACAAAAAGCAUGAAUGUGAGAAAGUGCCUCCCCUCUCUCCUGUUAGGCUUUAGCACAUCAGUAGAAUUACUGUUUUCGGGAUAUUGAGUUCUCUGGCUACUUCAGAGAUCAAACCCACUUGCUAGCUGGGAAACAGCAAUGAAAAAAAUAAUUUCAAGUUCUCACGUAGCGCAGCUGCAAUGCACUUACUCUGUGUCUUUGCACCCAUGAGUUGUUUUUGACCAUGCUGUUGUAGUAACCCUGAAUGCAGAUGAGGCCUCACGCCGACUACCUCUCGUGCAAUAAAUAACAAGCUCAUGCAGCAGUGGGUGUUGGUGAUGAUCCUUUGGCAACAGGAGCAUCUGUUGGACACGUGAUUCAGGGAGGUGGUAGUGGAGGCAGUAGUAAACAAGAGAAAUUAAUUAGGAGUUCAAUCCUGUGAUGCGUGUGGUAUAGACAAUACCCACAAUACCAGCUCCAACUGAGGAAGGUCCUAUAGCUUCUAGUAGGAAAUAAAGGUGAACUUGGCUAUGCUAUAGUUUCUGUUGUGCUCUAAAAUGUAACAAAAGAUGUCAUCUGUUUCCUUCAAGCUGAGCCGGAUUUAUCAGGAUAUUGUGUCCAAAAAACACACACACAAUUUUAGUUUUUGAGGAAACAUGAUGCUCUUUUACCUGUUGCAAUGUAAUUGGAUAAUGCAUGUACAAAUGACUUGUUUAGCCUGCCAAUGAAUGUUGCUAAUGCCUUACCAAAAAAAAAAAAAAGCAUAUUUUUUGUAUUUUUUUCCUCAGAGGCAAAUCCAAACAAUGCUAGAUUUGGGAAACUGUUUACUGAAAAGCAUUUUCUAAUAGAUCUCUGAAGAAGUGCAAUUGUAUAAUUAUUAUUGUUCAGUGCAUACAGUACAUUGUCUCCAUCACUCUGUACACUGCUGCUAUUAGUGCUUGUUCUAAUAAAACUCAAUGUACAC